UAAGUUCUCCUCCUACAGCUUACCCCUCAGUGCGUCGAAAGACAUAGCGUCGCGAAUACUUCAUCAAUCGACGUGAUUCAAAUUGAGAACGGUAGCUAAGAUUGAGAGCUACAACAUAUCCGAGUUUCGCGACAUUCCAACAGCUAGUUUGGUGUUCUAAAUGUUGGAUGUGACUUCCGCUAAGGGGAAACUCUGCCGAAAUUUCGUGGACGCCGACACUUGUGAAAAUAUCGAGGGAGCUGAGUCUGGACAGCAAAGGGGGAGCUGAAAUUCGUCAUUUCUCAAGGAGAAGAUGAAUGAGAGAGGAGGAGAUGCUAAUGGAAGAGGAGCUGUACCUGAGAAGACAAGUGAGCCGCCACCAUCAAAAGUUGAAGCUUUGGAUGGCUCCAACUAUGAGGAAUGGAGCGGGCGCAUGAGGAGUGCCUUCAAACGCUACAAGCUACUGAAGAUUGCUGUUGGGGAGGAGAAGAUGCCGGAAGAAGGCGAAGCACGUUAAGGGAGCCAAUGGGGAACUUGUGGGGCUUGGGAAUGUUCUGCUGGUUGAAGGUCUGUCUGCUAACCUUCUCUCUGUGCGGCGACUGCAGAAGAGCAAGGCCGAAGUGACCUUUGGACC